CAGCUUCCUUCUCUCUCCCGCUAUCUAAGCUGGCGUCGCGGAUUGACGCACCGAUUUAAGGUUUUUUUGGAAGCUUAACAUGGUAGAUUUUGUUUUUGCGUUCGAUGAGUGUUGCAUCGAUGUGAUGACGAAAAUAAUAGCGUUCUUCUUGUUUGUACUCUUAAUCAUUGGUUGAAGGACGUGAAAGUGAAAUGAUCAGAGUAAGAAAUAUCAUACGUAACAUGAGUACAGUACAAUCACCAAAGCAUCCUAAGUUUAUUUCCGAGGAAGGGGCUGACAUUUACUCUAGAAGUAAACCUGAUGGUAUCAGAUUUCGUUUUGUUUCUUACAAUAUUUUAGCCAGGGAUCCAGAAUGGGCUGAUGACAAGCUUGCCAAGGCCAAAUUGCUUUUAUCAUGCCUAACUCGAUUCAAGACAUCAGUGUCUGAAAGGUUUGAAUGCACACCCUCAGUACCUUUGCUGGUGACUUCAAUUCAAACCCUGGGGACAAGCAGAACUUUGGGGAUUGAAGGAACGUUCUUUCACAUUUUGAUGGGCCUCUAUAGUACUUGAACAUGUGAAAAUUGGACCACAUUUUGCUGUCUCCUUGUGCUGUCUUUCUCAACCAUCAAGCUUGGUGAAAACUAUGGGCUCUAGGUAAGUUCUCUAUCACAAGUUAUACGCUGAUUGGUCUUUUAUAUAUACACAGAUCCUGAUUGUUCGGACUAAUUUGUACACGACUUAGACUUUGCUCACAAGAGAAUCACCUAACACGAUUAUAUUUCGUUGUCAAGAUAACUCUUAUAAGAAUCUUUUGCUUGACGUAUGCUAUACAACGUACAUAUA